GUGUGCUGUUGGCUACGGUUGGAGGUAUUGGAUGGCAUGCUUCAGAUGUUCUGCUGCAUUUCUUGAAGGUAUUGUGGUCUGCAGCACCUGAAGUUGUUAAUCAGUCUCAUCUGCACAUGCACUAGCAACAUCAUAGCGGACAUCACCAUGGAAUCGAUAUGGAUCAUCCUGUCCUUGCUUUGAAUAUGACUAUACUCUCUAUAGUUAUUAAAGAAGCGUGUCAUUUUUACCUUCAAUCAGAAAAAUUAAAAGAUGUUGGUCCAGAUUACAAAAAGAGCAGGAAAAGGGUUGGCAGUGGGCUAAUGAAAGGCAAUGUUGGAAAAGCUAACCACACUGUUGAAGUAAAUGAAAUGUGGAAGUUAAGGCAGAAAGAGCUGGAGCUUGAAAACAAGCUCAACCGAAAGUCGGCAGAUAAGAACACUGAUACGUGUCAUAGUUUUAGCAUCUCGGAAAGGAGGUCACGUGAGAGAUGUGAUACUGAUUCAGGCACAAGUAGAUCAAAGAAAAGGGAGAUAGAAGAUUCUCAUUCAUGUGAAGAAGAAGGCUUGGGAGAUGCUGAAAUUGAGGAAUUUUUACAUU